AUGAAACCAUUCCCUAAUAAUAGCUUGUUACUAUUAGGACCAGUGUUUUUGGUUGCUAGUGAUUUCGUUAUCACCAGGUUUUCUCAAUCAGGUGCACCUAAAAAGCUUGCAAACAAUACAAGACAACAGGCAUCUUCGUCCUUAUCAAUAUCAUCAUAUAAUCCACACUCGUACAGAUCUAGCUGGAUCCAAAGCCAACUAGAGAAAGAACCUCCCUCCAAAUAA